CACAUUUAUUGCUACAGACACGACGAUUCCGGCCAAUUCAAGGAGUUCACCGUAUCAAAUGAUCGCGCAGACUGUUACCCGGCAUUCAGACAAAGAAGAUUUAUUUCAUAAUAUUCUGUCCCAAGUUGCUGAGGAAUUUUCCCGAACCCUGAGAGUCAGUGAGCUGAAGCGAGACCUCACGGACAGGAUGACAGCGCUGGAAAGACGUGUGGAAGCUGAAGGUUUGAAGCUCCUGGAUAUUGAGAGAUGCAGGAGUGACCUGAAGAGGCUGCGAGAUGAGAUGGAGAAGAACAGUAACAGAUUGACCUGUCCGUGUAAAUAUUACUACAUAGGGGACGUUGUAAAACUGAACCCACGGAGGGAUGUUCCCACCUAUCCCAAGUACACCUUAUCAUCUGAGACUGUGGAAGCAUUAAAGAAACCCACGUUUGACGUGUGGCACUGGGAGCAUAACGAGAUGCUGAGCUGUCUGGAGUUUAUGUAUCACGACCUUGGUCUGGUUCAUGAGUUUAACAUGAAUCCCAUCACUCUGAAGCGCUGGCUGCUGAGCAUUCAGGAGAAUUACCGCACAAACCCCUUCCAUAACUUCCGCCACUGUUUCUGCGUCACGCAGAUGAUGUACGGGAUUAUCCACCUCUGUGACCUCCAGCAACGGAUGACCCCGACUGAACUGGGUGUUCUAAUGACGGCGGCCAUAUGUCACGAUUUGGACCAUCCUGGAUUUAACAACACCUAUCAAAUCAACGCACACACGGAGCUCGCCAUCCGAUACAACGACAUCUCCCCACUGGAGAAUCACCACUGCGCCGUAGCCUUCCAGAUCCUCGCUCAGCCUGAAAACAACAUCUUUUCCAACAUCAGCCAAGAGCUCUUCAAACAGAUGAGACAGUCAAUCAUUCGUCUGAUUCUGGCGACAGACAUGGCACGUCAUGGUGACAUUUUGGAGUCUUUUAAGCGCUUCCUUCCCAGCUUUGAUUUCGGGAACGAGGAACAUGUGAAAGUUCUGCAGAUGGUCCUCAUUAAAUGCUGUGAUAUCUCCAAUGAGGUUCGCCCCAUGAAGGUGGCAGAGCCGUGGGUGGACUGUUUGCUGGAGGAGUACUUCAUGCAGAGUGACCGUGAAAAGUCAGAAGGUCUUCCUGUUACUCCAUUCAUGGACCGUGAUACGGUGACAAAGCCUAAAGCACAGAUCGGAUUCAUCAAGUUUGUCUUAAUUCCAAUGUUUGAGUCUGUUAUGAAGCUCUUCCCUCAGCUGGAGGAUGUCAUGGUUCUGCCGUUACGAGAGGCCAGGGAUCGUUAUGAAGAGCUCAUGCAUAUUGAGGAAGCCAUGACUGAGGUAGAGCAGCGGAAGACAGAUACCUGCGGAGAAGGUCGAAGGGGCUAUAGUCGUAUCUCGACUACUCCAGUCUCGUCGAAUCCCUGAUCUUAUUUCGGAUACAGAAUGGCUGCUGUAGAUUUUCCUCUAGACUCUGUAUUCUCUCGGCGUGAAACCAGUUGAUUCAUUACUAUUAAGUGUUUAAUCGCUGCCUUCUCCUC